AUGAAUGGAGCAGUUGAAGCAGCCAACAAAAACAUCAAGAGAAUAUUGUGGAAGAUGAUUGAUAAUUAUAGACAUUGGCACAAAAAGUUGCCAUUGGCCCUUCUCGGUUAUCGCACCACCGUUAGGACUUCAACUGGGGCAACGCCUUAUCUUUUGGUCUAUGGAACAGAGGCUGUGUUACUAGCAGAGAGGAUGAAUGCAGUUUGUCGGGGACAACUUUAUCAGAACAGGAUGGCCAAAGCUUUCAACAAAAAGGUAAGAUUGAGACAAUUCAAACCGGGGCAAUUGGUGUUGAAGCGCAUAUUCCCACACCAAAAUGAAGCUAAGGGAAAUUUUACGCCUAACUGGCAAGGGCCUUACAUGGUUCACCGAGUACUAACUGGAGGAGCACUAAUUCUAGCAGAAAUGGAUGGUGAAGUGUGGCCGAAAAGUAUCAAUGCAGAUGCCGUCAGGAGAUACUAUGUUUAG